CCGCGCUGACGUCACUGGCGCGGAAAGUGACGGGAGGGGCGGGAACAGCGCUGAGCUGAUCCCACGUGUGACGAUCGCAUUCCCGGCUCGGUGAUAUUCUCCUAGCGGUGGCUCCGCUCUGCUGUCGCUCAGCCUGUGUGUGUGUUUGUUAGUGUCUGGCCGUGGUUGGGGUAGCAAUGGAGGGAGAUGGGAGCCAGGGCACGUCUCUAAGUGCCACUGAUUCGCAGCACGACCCGGGUAAAAUGUUUAUCGGUGGCCUCAGCUGGCAAACGUCACCAGACAGCCUCCGGGACUAUUUCGGUAAAUUCGGGGAAAUCAGAGAGUGUAUGGUGAUGAGAGACCCGACCACAAAACGCUCCAGAGGAUUUGGCUUCGUUACGUUUGCAGACGCCGCCAGUGUAGAUAAAGUCUUAGCUCAGCCCCAUCACGAAUUAGACUCAAAAACGAUUGACCCUAAAGUGGCCUUCCCUCGACGCACACAGCCCAAGAUGGUCACAAGAACAAAGAAAAUAUUUGUGGGUGGAUUAUCGGCGAACACGGUGGUGGAGGACGUCAAGCAGUACUUCGAGCACUUUGGCAAGGUAGAAGAUGCCAUGCUCAUGUUCGAUAAAACAACUAACAGACACAGAGGAUUCGGCUUCGUGACCUUCGAGAGCGAAGACGUUGUGGAAAAAGUGUGUGAGAUCCAUUUUCAUGAGAUCAAUAACAAAAUGGUAGAAUGUAAGAAGGCCCAGCCCAAGGAGGUGAUGUUUCCGGCAGGGACGCGGGCACGAGGCCGAGGCCUGACCUACACCAUGGACGCCUUCAUGCUUGGAAUGGGCAUGCUCAGUUACCCGAACAUCGUCGCAACCUACGGCCGAGGAUACACUGGAUUCACCCCUAGCUACAGCUACCAGUUCCCCGGGUUCCCGGCGACGGCAUACAGCCCCGUGGCGGCAGCGGUGGCAGCAGCACGCGGCUCAGGGUUCCCCGAAUACUCAUUCUAUCCGACGCCUGGUGACCAGCGGGGGCUGGACUGUGGCCCCCCGGCCCCACUGCUGCACAGCGCCGCAGCCCUGCAUCACCCCCCCAUCGCUGACCCCUUUAAGAACGCAGGUACCAGCCCAGCACGGCCCACCGGUUUCCAUGGUGACAGCAGCCCAGGGCCUGUGGCCGACCUGUAUGGACCUGGUAGCCAGGACUCCGGCGUGGGCAAUUACAUCAGCGCCACCAGCCCCCAACCGGGGAGCGGCUUUGGGCACGGCAUCGCUGGCCCGCUGAUUGCGACGGCUUUUACGAACGGAUACCACUGAAGCGAAGGUCGGCCGCCAUCUCGCCGGAGGAGACCGUGCCGGGAGGGGCCAGAGAGGAGGGCCUGAAGUUUCUAAUCGGUUCUGUGUACAGGUGAAGUCAUCAUCAUCCCAGCACUACAGUAACCCCCCCGCCUCCCCAAACCACCCUAAGCGGAGCAUUGCUCAAGGGUGGUGCCACAAUCCUCAAACCGUCACGAAAAAGCGAAGCCUUCUGCCCUGCAGUCUGAGUAACCACAGUAACCACACGCAGGGCCGGUUGCCCACUUCCCGUGUCUCUCCGACUCCCCCACGCAGCUAGGGGGCGACGUUUCCCAUCUGGCCCCGCUUACUCACGCUGUAUGUGCUGUGCAUUCAUUUUAUCUUGGGUUAUUCUGUCAUUUAUCUCUGUACUACUUUCUCUGCUGGGUGCUGAAUAGGUUUGGUGAGCGUUACUGUUACUUUAACUCUGGUAUCAGGCGGGAUGGGACACGUGGGGGGGGGGGGUGUUGGGGAGAUUUUACUUCACAUAAAAGCUGAGAGCAACUGACUGUAAGCAAAUGUUAUGAAUUGUUUUUAUUUUUGUGAUGUCUUGAUGUUAACCAUAAUUAACUAUUUUGGGCAAUAAGAAGAGGACAAUAAUAUUUUUACUGUCCUUUUUUAUAAGUGUUAUUUAGACAAAGAUUUACAGGUUUUAUUUUAUUUUAAUAAAUUGUGAACUCAACUUUACUCAAGUGGAAAAAAAUAUAUAAACUGUAAAUAUCGUUCCAGUCUCUGCGUAUAACCGGUUCAGAAAAAAAUACCAUAUUUUUUGGUAGGUGUGUCACAACAAAAAAAUAAAAGAAAUGAAAAAUGCUUUAAAAGUGAAAAUGCGCUCACAGCCGGAUUGACAGGCCGUCAUCAUGGCGCGGUUUUGAUGUGGGAGGGGCCGCUGGACCACCGCCCCCCCCCCACGCCGGCAGACCGAUGACCUCCCACGUGAUUCCCGCCUAAAUUCAUUUUACGAAUAGAGAAAUAUCCAAAGCACAUUUUUAAUAAGGAGGUUUUCGGUCAUUACAAAUAGCUCUGCUCGUUAAUUUUGUUUUCCCCCAUCUGGAAAUCAAGGUGUAAAUCUAGCCCUGUGGGGGCGACCGUUAGCCACCGGUUGUUGAUUUAGCAUUCAGCUCCAAAACAUAUGAAACUUUAAAGCACCGUCUGCUCCCCUCGUUUCCCUUUCCGUGGAUCAGGAAGGGAAACGCAGUCGAGCGUAAGCGAGGUCCGGUUUAACCUCAGAGGCUCACAGGUGUACCUCUUUUAUUUAAUGGUACAUAGACUAAAACAAGAAUCAUAGACCAGUAAAAAAAAAAUCGCACUGUGACUGGUAGGAAAAGACGCGACCAUCUGAGAUUUGCACAUUUUCACCUUUGGCUGUUUUUAUAUUAUUAUUUAAAUUGUGUAAACCGGACGGGGGGGGGGGAAUAUGCAGGAAGGCUCUAGAAAGAGGACAUGCGAGCGCUUAGUAGAUGCAGUCAAGCUGACGGCCGCGAGCGUCGGUCUGUCAGGCCGCGCGACGCUGGGGAUGGGAAGCGCGUGGCAGCCAUGAAUAUUAAUAGGGUGAUGGAAAAAGACGGCAGAAUCCCUUUAACGAGAAAGAUAGCGAUCACCAUCCACGACUGAUAAAUGCACAUGCUGUGUUUUUUCUUUCCUAUUAUUAUUGGUUUUUAUUGCUUUUAUUCCGUGUUUUGUACGUUGAGAAGAACCAGGUUUAAGCAAAAUGCUGGACACUUUAGAGGAAGAGCCCGACCUUCAUUCGGGUUUCCGUUUAAUAAAACCGCAGGUAACGAUCGAGACGACUGCAGUGACAGUGAAUUUAAAAUAAUAAGCAUAUAUGUAUAUAAUGAAGGUGGUCCUUUGCUGAUUUCAGUUAUCAAUCAGGGGAAUUUUAUUCAAACCCUUGUGGAUGUUAAUAUGGGAGAUUGUAUGAAAAGUAAUAAUAUGACGUACUGUACCACCUUUCCUGUCCCGUUCUGCACACACGCCUCUCUGAUCGUCGUCGUACGAUGGGUGUUUUUUCGAUUUAACUGAGUGCUGUAUUUAAUGCCGGUGUACGUGGGUCAUACCGCUCAGUCGUGUUCUCCUACUGCAACCCUGUGUAUCUGUUAGUUAGCUGUAGAUGUAGAUCUUUAGCUAGUUAAGAUUAAGAAGUAGCCGUAGUGACAGAUUUAGGGCUGUAGUCUUUCUUAUAAGAUCUAAGUUUUUUUAAGUGGAAGAAAAAAGCAUUCAUUUAUGGGGUGGAUUUCUCUGUGUCGUCCUCUUCUGUUCCUUACGCUGAUCUCCACGUGAUUUCAGCCAACCAAAGCUCUCGCGAAAAAUACACUGGGAAGUCAGCGCUGCAGGACGGGACUGUAAACCAGGCAGGCAGAAUGUCCGAAGAGGUUUGCCAUACUACCUUAAAUGUUAAUGCUAGAUAUGCAAAAGUUUUAUUUUUGAUUAUCUUUUUAAGAGGGACACAAGCUAUAAAUACGAAUAAAGAUUUUAUUACGUGAAAGAGAAUAUUUUUUUAAAGUGUUCUAUCACAUAAAUGAUAACAAAACAACUAUGGCGAUAUUAAAGACCUGUGUAAAUGUUUGGUGUUUGUACACAUCCUUGUGUGUGAUUUUUUAAUACUGCUAUGUUUUUUAAACAUGUCUGCCUAGAUUCCUCAGUGAUCUCUUCUUCUGUUUCUUGCUCAUCUGGAAACGUCAAUUGAGGGCACCGUGAUUUAAUUUUGUACCCCUCAACCACACCACCUGCUCCUUGUUUUGACCAAAAUGCAGUUUCGUCGGCUGUUUUUUUUUUAUUAUGGUGUUGGUCUGCUGUGAUCGUGGCAAAUACUACGGGGGCAUAAUGAGUCACCGUAAUGGCUUCGAUCUCCGGGGUACUGUGUCACCACGGCCUGGGCGACCCAACAGCAAGAGAAUAUAGUCCCGAAAUUAUCCGGAACAUUCACAGUCUUUGCGUUCUACAACUUCUUAAUUUAGUGGAUGUUUCUAGCCAAAGCGACAUACGUCUGAAAGCAGGGACAGACGCUCCCUGGAGCAAUUGAGGGGUUAAGGUGAAAUCUUUGGGAUUUGAGCCAGCGACCUUCCGAUUACAGCCCCAUGUUUCUAAUGGUGUUUGCGAUCAGACGUGUCCAGCACGAAAAGAGGGCCUUUAUAAAAGGAGAAUCUUGUUCAGGGUCACAUGUCCAGAACAAAGGCCAAUUUUUCUGCUGCCUUUUGGUCAAAGUGAAGAGUGCUGUCCGCAUCUUCUCACGUAGCCGCUUGUUGAUUUAAUCGGUCAUUUUAUCCCAUAGCUUAGAAUUUGAGGUAGCAUGGCACCAUCGACGCAAUUUAGUUUCUCAUUGUGCAGCGGUUUUUCAGAGGCGAAUGUUACACACCUCGCUAGAUUAGAGAGAGUGAGUGAGUUACAAACCCCUGGAAGUUGUCCUCUGAGAGAGCAUGCUCCAGGGUUCUUCCAGACUUGAAUUUCCAGGAAAGGGGUAGAAUAUCGACUGAACUGCCACCCCAUCGGUCGAUGCGCAUUGAGGGUUGCGCAUAUUUCUGUUAAUCUUUUUUUUUUUUUUUUCGUGACGACGUUCAGCCAUUUCACGUGAGAGCAGAGACACCCUCUUCUGUUUUUUUUCCUCUUCUAUUUUCUGUAGCUGACACUGUUUGUACCAUGUGCUGUUUGCCGUGUGACCGGUGCGUUUGUGAGCUUCUCUGUUAAAAAAACAAAACACAAAAAAAAACCUGAAGUACUGAAACUGAGUCUGACCGUGUUGUAUGGUGCAUACGAUACUGCUGACUGUUACGGGGUCCGCCAGACCACGUGGGCGGUCCUGAUGUCCAGGAUUUGGGGGCUUUCACCCCCUGAACCCCCUCCUUGAAAUCCGGGGUGGCCUGUGUGGUCGCAUGUGGACCAGGGACACCGGAUCUCGGACAUGACUAACGAGACUCUGGAAGAGCAGAGGAGGACCCCCUGGUGUUGAGGUGGGCCCCCCUCUCUCUCGCCAUCACGGCUUGGUCGCCACGCCUGCCCACGUUCACUGCUGACGGACUCUCUCGUGUGAGCGGCCUGCCUCCUGCUCACCACCGGAGGGCGCCCUUCAGAUCAGGGUGUGUUGCGGCACCUGGCCCCGCUGUAAGAUAACGUGCGAGUGGGUGGGGUCUCCUCAUCUUUGGUGUGCAAAGUAUAAUUUUAUAUUUGUAUUUUCAAAUAAUAAUAAUAAUAAAAAUGUUUGUGAAAGGUUUCCAUCCUCUACUGUGGUCCAGAAAUUGACGUGUCUGUAUGG